CUCCGGCCACUUGAAGAGGAAAAGGACCUCUUCCGCUAAUUUUGGAAACAAAAAAUAAAAGCUCAAAUCUGCGAGCCCAUUAAGUACCCAAAAACCCCUCGCAAAACCCUAAAUCCGCCUGUCAAUGGGUCGCCGAAAGAACACCAACAGCAGCAGCAGCAGCAACCAGGGCUCGGGGGCGGGCUUCGGCCACCCCGGCGAAGCCGUAAAAGACGUCCCCGAGAGCUCCAACCCCGACGAGUCCAUGUGCGACCCCGAGCUCGACAAGGCCGUCGAUGACUCCAUGGGCGAGCCGGAGGUCUCCUUCGUCGAAGCCGAUGGCAAGACCAGCGCUGACUAUUACUUCGACUCCUACUCUCACUUCGGUAUUCAUGAAGAAAUGUUGAAAGAUUUAGUGAGGACUAAGACAUAUCAGAAUGUUAUCUAUCAGAAUAAGUUUCUAAUAAGGGACAAGAUUGUUCUUGACGUGGGAGCUGGGACUGGAAUUUUGUCCCUAUUUUGUGCAAAAGCGGGCGCAAAGCAUGUUUAUGCGGUUGAGUGCUCCGACAUGGCUGACAUGGCAAAAGAGAUUGUUGAAACAAACGGAUAUUCUAAUCUAAUAACCGUUCUGAAGGGGAAGAUUGAAGAAAUUGAGCUUCCAGUCCCUAAAGUGGAUAUUAUUAUCUCAGAAUGGAUGGGAUAUUUUUUGUUGUUUGAGAAUAUGUUAAAUACAGUCCUCUAUGCUCGUGAUAAAUGGCUUGUAGAUGAUGGAAUUCUACUACCAGACAAAGCGUCUCUCUUUUUGACAGCUAUUGAGGAUGCAGAGUACAAAGAGGACAAGAUAGAAUUUUGGAACAAUGUUUAUGGCUUUGACAUGAGUUGCAUCAAGAAGCAAGCCAUGAUGGAGCCCCUUGUGGACACCGUUGACCAAAACCAAAUUGUUACAAACAGUCAGCUACUCAAGACAAUGGAUAUAUCUAAGAUGACUCCAGGAGAUGCUUCCUUCACGGCCCCUUUCAAGCUUGUCGCUGAGCGUGAUGAUUUCAUUCAUGCUCUUGUAGCCUACUUUGAUGUGUCAUUUACGAAGUGUCAUAAAUUGAUGGGCUUCUCCACAGGGCCAAGAUCACGGUCUACUCACUGGAAGCAAACAGUCCUGUACCUGGAAGAUGUGCUAACAGUAUGUCAAGGAGAGUCAAUUGUCGGAAGCAUGACUGUGGCGCAAAACAAAAAGAAUCCCCGUGAUAUUGACAUAAUGCUCAAGUAUUCGUUAAAUGGCCGACGAUGCACAGUCUCGAGGGUUCAAUGCUACAAAAUGCGCUAAGUUGCGUUUUGGUAUUGCUCCAUCAAGAAAGCAAUCCAUAAUUGCAACAAACUCAGUGUUGUGGAUUGUUGCCUCUCAGUAGACGUGUGCUAGGAGGCAGCAUUGUAGCCUAUGUACUUCGAAUUAUUCAUUUCUUAACAUUGUAAUGUCAAAAUUUUGAUGCUAAAAGGUUUUGAAUUGAUCUAUUUUACUUGAUGUCUUGCAA